AGGAGGACUUAGAAUCCAGCUGACUGAAGUUUGGAGCCGCAGCCUGCUGGUCCUCAUUGUGCUGGUGGUGCAGAGAAUAGAAAACACUCGGAUGGGUAAAAAUAGUUUGGAGUGAUGUUUGAAGACGCAGCUGGAUGAUGAGGAUGGGCGACAUGUUGCUGGACUAGAAUAUUUACUGACUUUAACUUGUUGGACUAGGACAGCAACAAGAGUGCCACUCCUUCUUCUCCCUAUUAAAUGAGCAAUGAUGAAGAUGAUGAUCCAGGCCUGCUGUAGGAAAGGUCUACAAGUGUGUUUUCUCCUACUGUUGGUGGGAAGAUUGCAGGGUAAGGUCACAACCCCGGCACGUCUGGAAGCUCCGGUGAACAAGCCCUUCACUCUGACCUGCAUUGUUUCAAGGGAACGAGGCGAGUCUGUGCGGCAGGUGCGGUGGAUAGAUGUCCAGAACCAGACCCUGCUGAGCUACCAGCCUGGGAACAAGGACAGUGUGACUGGACAGCAGCAUGUGGAGCUCGGCACCUCCCCGAAGGACACCUCUGCUGUCGUCAUACACAGGGUGGGCUUCCGCGACGAAGGCUGCUACACCUGCAUCUUUGACAUGCAUCCAUCUGGGUCACAGCAGGGACAGACGUGUCUAACUGUUACCUCACAAGUUACUGUCGACCGAAAUAAGACAGCAGUGAGUGGGAAAAGAGCCUCCCUUUCUUGCUCCUACGGUUUGCCUGAAAAGGUGCAGCAGGUUGUUUGGAAGCAUACAUCAGCAGAGGGACUCUCCAGCGAGGUGGCGUCAUUCGCCAAGCGGAGCGACCCCAUGAUCGAGCCGCCGUACCAGGGAAGGGUGUGGCUUAGCACCUCCCUGUCCGACAGCCAGCUCACCAUCCAGCCUGUGGCGAUCAAGGACGAGGGCUGCUACACCUGUCUGUACCACACACAUCCUGACGGGCCAAAGGGCUCCACGGUCUGCCUCUCCACAUAUGUGUUGCCCAAACCUCAGGUGAGCUACAAGACCACGGCUCCAGGUGUGAUUGAAGCCAACUGCACCUCGGUGUCGCGUCCGCCGGCCGAGAUCGUGUGGAAUGUGGAGACGGACAACCGCACCAUGGGCCCCCCCUUAACCACACAGCUCCCACAGGAUGAUGGGACGACUCUGGUGAUCAGUACGCUGACGGUCCGCUCAGGGCUGCUGAAAGACGUGUCUGUCAAAUGCUUGGUGCAUCAUAAAGGCCUUGAGUCACCGAUUGCUGUAUCCAUGAACACAAAAAUCGGGACAGCUCUCACCAUCCUCAUCUCCGUCACCACAGUAGCAGCUCUGUUGGUCAUGUCACUCUGCUUCUGUCUCUGGAAAUGUUUCUUACGAAAAGAAGCUGAUUAAUUUUGCUGAUGAGACAAAUGCAUAAAAAGAGGAGGCGGUGAUUCACAGAGUCUACCUAGUGAACUGUUCAUCAUCAUCAUCAUCAUCAUCGUCAUCACCGUGGUUCAGAUGGGAGGUGAAAACUUGUGACGCACCUCAUUAGGAUGUCCAAAACAAUCCUAUUUCUGAGCACCAACAGUACAGCGACAUUCAGUUUUGCUCUCCUGCUUCUGCCUCAGACUGUUAUAUAAUCCACAGGCUGUCGUCACAGGAAGUUUAUGUAAAAAAAAAAAUAUUACAUGGAGAAUUCUUCUGUUUCUGGUUCCAUAAUUGAUUGAGUCAGUGGUCAUACAUUCCACAUCAGAAAGCAGAGUCACUCUAUGGCAAAUUAAAAAAUACAGUGUUUUUACCUUUACAGUAUAUUUCCUGUCCCUUUCAUUUUACUUUUUAUAUACAUUUGGCCCUAAAUAACACAUCUAACUCCCUCCUCCACCCUGGAGGUUAUGUGUUCAUGUUUGUUUAGGAUUAUGUAUAAACUACUGUGCAGGAUUUCAUGCAACUUGGUAAAAGUUGAGGUCAUGAACCAAGGAUGGACCCAUUAAACUGAACUGGCCCUGUGGCACAUGUACAGCUCUGG